AUUUCUGGGGGGGGGGGGGGGGGUCAUGCAUAGUGGUGACCUAGUGGAACCCCUGCUAACAUUAAUUUAUUAGGGUCUAUAGGAAAAAUGCUUCUUACAUUGGUGGUCAGUGAGAAGAAUGUUCCUUACAUUGGAGGACAGUGGGAAGAAUGUUCCUUACAUUGGAGGUCAGUGGGAAAAAUGCCCCUUAUAUUGGUGGUCAGUGAGAAUAAUGAUCCUUACAUUGAUGGUCAAUUCGAAUUAUGCACCUUACAUUGGUGGUCAGUCGGAAUAAUGCCCCUUACAUCGGAGGUCAGUGGGAAGAAUGCACCUUACAUUAGUGGCCAAUGGGAAGAAUUCUACUUGCAUUGGUGGUCAGUAGGAAGAAUGUUCCCUGCAUUAGUGGUCGAUGGGAAGAAUUUUCCUUACAUUGAU